AUGGCGACCGCGGCGCUGACAGACCGGGCCCAGGGCCUGAUGGCCUUUGAGGAUGUGGCCGUGUACUUCUCCCAGGAGGAGUGGGAGCUCCUGGACGCAGCCCAGCGGGCCUUGUACUGCCAUGUGAUGUUAGAGAACUUCGCGCUUGUGUCCUCGCUGGGACUCUCUGCCUCACGACCCCGGGUGGUCCUGCAGCUUGAGCGUGGCGAGGAGCCCUGGGUUCUCAGUGGGACAGUUGUGACACCAGCCAGGAAUGCUCAGAGAAAGCCCAGCCCUGGUCCCUGUCAUCUGGCAUAUGACAAGGUUGUUCCUGAAGCAGCUUUGCCAGUGACCUUCCAGAAUGGCUCCCUUCCAGCACCUACCUUCACAGGCACCUGCGAACGUGGGAAAAGCUCAGUGGGUUGGCAGGGCACCUCCCUCUCUCAGGAGAAAAAGUCCACAGGCGUGUCGGUAAUAUAUUGGGAAAGGCUCCUACUGGGUCCUGGCAGCGGGGAAGCCAAUGUCAGUCUGCGGUUAACCUCUCCACUGAGGACUCCUGAGGAUAGCCCGCCUAGGGAGAAAGCCCUCAUGAACCGCCCCAUGCCAGACAAGCAGCCGAGGCCAUAUGGGGGCCAGAAGCCAUUUGGGCAGGAUGGCUCUGGAAGAGGCUGCCCCAAAAUUCCAGAAUUUGAGGCUAGUCUCACCUCUGGGGAAAGAGAAAAGGGUGGAACUAGCCUCAAGCCUCAUGGACUCCCUGCUAGCCAAGAACCCCCUACCUGGGAUCAGCUGGGCAAGGCCCUCCACACAGGCCCCAGCUUCCUCUCCGGGGAGAAGCCCUUCGAAUGCAGGGCGUGCACUAAAGUGUUUCUGAAGAGCUCCGACCUGCUCAAGCACCUGCGCACCCACACUGGAGAGCGGCCGUACGAAUGCUCUCAGUGUGGCAAGGCCUUCAGCCAGACAUCACACCUGACGCAGCACCAGCGCAUCCACAGCGGUGAGACACCCUAUGCGUGCCCGGCCUGUGGCAAGGCCUUCAGGCAUAGCUCCUCGCUGGUGCGGCACCAGCGCAUACACACCGCUGAGAAGUCCUUCCGCUGCAGCGAGUGCGGCAAGGCCUUCAGCCACGGCUCCAACCUCAGCCAGCACCGCAAGAUCCACGCGGGCGGGCGGCCCUACGCAUGUGCUCAGUGUGGCCGCCGUUUCUGCCGCAACUCGCACCUGAUCCAGCACGAGCGCACGCACACGGGUGAGAAGCCUUACACCUGUGCCCUUUGUGGUGCCGCCUUCAGCCAGGGUUCCUCCCUCUUCAAGCACCAGCGCGUGCACACGGGUGAGAAGCCCUUCGCCUGCACACAGUGUGGCCGCGCCUUCAGCCACAGCUCUAACCUCACGCAGCACCAGCUGCUGCACACUGGGGAGCGGCCCUUCCGCUGCGGGGACUGUGGCAAGGCUUUCGCCAAGGGCGCAGUGUUGCUCAGCCACCGACGCAUCCACACGGGUGAGAAGCCCUUUGUGUGCGCACACUGUGGCCGUGCCUUCCGCGAGCGCCCGGCCCUGUUCCACCACCAGAGGAUUCACACGGGAGAGAAGCCCGUGCGGCGACCUCGGCGUGGGGCGGGCCUGUGCCCCCAGGCCAGGCCUUCUUCAGGAGCACCGUCAGAGGGCACGCUGGGCAGAGUAGCUGGGCCCACUCCCACCUCAGGCCCACCGGCAGUUUCGAAGCCUGCUGACGCCUGA